AUUCAGAUUUAGGUUUUGGACCUCUCUGAUUUUUAAUUUCUGUUUGGCGCACUCUACUAUGUUUUUGGCUCAAUUUGUAUAUGAUUUACCUUCAUUUUUGGCUCAAUUUGUACAUGAAGCUCCUUGGUUUGAAUUGAAAAAUCAUGAUUAUUUGUCAGAAUUAAAAUGCAACAACUUUGAUCUCAACACCCAAUGAAGGUUUUUUGUUUUUUUUCUUUUUGCAACACUUGAAUCCAAAACACCCAAUCACGCACACCCAAACACCACCUAAUUUCCCAAAAAUCCCUAAACCACUCUCUCUCUCUCUCUCUCUCUCUCUCUAUAUAUAUAUAUAUACACACACACACACACACAAGCCCACUGUCUCUCAAUCUAAAACUCAGAAUAUACACACACCAUCUCUCUAUCAAAAAUUCAGAAUAUAUAUAUAUAUAUAUAUAUAGUAUCUCUAUGUGUCUGUCGCCACUCUCUGUAUAUGUGAGUGUAUAUAUAUAUAUAUCUGCAGCCUCUCUCCUUCUAUAUAAUAUUGGUGGUUGCCAAUGGAAGAAAAAAUUUAUAGUAGUCCUCACAAAAAAUAACAGAUCAACGUACAUACAGAAACAAAUCACAAAAAGAAAAAGAAAAAGAAAAAAAAUAUAUAUAUAUAUAUAUAUAUAUUAUAUAUAGAUGAUGGUGAGUGAGUAUGACGGAUUUAUAAAUUAUUAAACCCUUUUUUCUUUGCCCAUCUAGACAAAAGAUAAGCUUUAGAGAGAGAGAAGAGUGUUUGUGGAGAGGCCAUGAAGUUGGAGAACCAGAGGGUGGUAAUGACAGCUGACUGUGGAAAUGGGUGUGAGGGAAGAAGACGAAGGAGUGGAAGUCUGUAGAGAGAGAUGGAAGAGGGUAGUUUGGUCCUUUAAUUAUUUUGAUAUUUUAUAAUUAAAAUUAAUAAAAUAGUAAAGAAUAAAAUGAACUUUUCACCCUUAAUUAUCUUUAAAUAAUUGAGUUUUUACAAUUCUUUGACACUCAGCUAUCCUACCUCAACCAUACUGCGUCAAAAGUAAUGCUAUUGAGUUCCGUUCGUGUAAACAAUUGGGUUUCCUCCAUCAGUUCGCUACGAUUUCACAACACAACUUCUUUAUUUGUUGAUUGUCAUAUAACCCUAGAAUUCGGAAUCUCCACUAGUAUUUAUAAUAAGUGUGGACUGAGAAGGGAGAACCGGACCCUGCAUUAAUUGCCAGGUUUCAAUUUACUCUUUACUCAGCAACUUAAAGAACAAGAAAAUGGCUGAAAUGGUGGUUGGAGCACUUCUCUCGGCUUCCUUUGACGUGCUGCUUGAUCGUCUGGCUUCUCCGGAGUUCAAAAGCUUCUUUUCCAAACAAAAAUUUGAUGAUGGACUCAGAAGCAAUAUGAAGACAAAGUUACUGGCCCUUCAAGUAGUGUUGGAUGAUGCCGAGGACAAGCAGAUUACCAACCCGGCAGUGAAAGCUUGGCUGGACGAGGUCCAACAUGUUGUCUACCAAGCUGACGACUUACUGGACGAGAUAGCUACCAAGGCCUUGAGGCACAAGUUGGAAGCUGAUGAUCAUCAUCCUCCCCAAACCCAAAGCAGCACAAGUAUUGUUCGUCGAUUUCUCCAUCUAAUGAAGCAAUUUCUGUUACGAAUUAAUUGUUUUGUCUCGACUCCUGCUUAUCAUUCUGAUAAUGCUAUAGAGUCGAUGAUGAAAGAGGUCAUCAGUAAGUUGGACGAGUUCAUCAACCAAAAAAAUUCUCUUUAUUUGAUGGAGAAUGUUGGAAGACAAGGAACUUCCCACUUACCAAACAACAGAGAAGAAACUUCCCUGGUGAAUGAGUCUCAGAUUUAUGGGAGGAACAAAGACAAAGAGGAUAUAAUGAAAUUGUUGACCGACGAUAUUGCAACUGGGAAUCAGAUUCCUGUGAUCUCCAUUGUUGGAAUGGGUGGCUUGGGAAAGACAACCCUUGCUCAACAUAUAUACAAUGAUACUGAAGUACAUGAGAAAUUUCAUUUGAAAGCAUGGGUUUGCGUUUCCGAUUCAUUUGAUAGUUACAGGAUAACAAAGAAAAUUUUGGACGAUGUCACCGAAACAAACAAUAACAUCGACAACAUUGACAAGCUUCAAAUCAAUUUGAAAGAGAGCCUCGCUGGGAAAAAAUUUCUUAUUGUUUUAGACGAUGUUUGGAAUGAUGAUUAUAAUGUCUGGGACAGCUUAAGAAAACCUUUCAUUGGUGGAGCACAGGGAAGUAGGAUUAUCAUAACAACACGUAGUGACAAUGUUGCAUCAGCAAUGGGCGCCAUUUCUAGUCAUCACUUGGAGCCACUGUUGGUUGACGAUUCUUGGUCAUUAUUUGCAAGUCAUGCAUUUGUGAAUGAAGGUCAUAUGCCUAAUUCAGAGCUAGAGAAAAUUGGAAGAGAAAUUGUGAAGAAGUGUGGAGGCCUGCCUUUAGCUGUAAAAUCACUUGGGGGUCUCUUGGGGUCCAAUCAGGAUAUUGAGCACUGGAAAAAAAUACUGGAAAGUAAGAUAUGGGGUUUGAAGGAGAAAAACGUUAUUCCAGCUCUAAGAUUGAGCUAUCAGUAUCUUCCUUCGUAUUUAAAGCGAUGCUUUGCAUAUUGUUCGAAAUUUCCUAAAGAUUACGAAUUUGAGAAGGAGAAAUUAGUCCGGUUAUGGAUAGCAGAAGAUCUUGUGCCGCAGCAGCCCAAAAGCAAAAAUUCAGUGGAAGAAGAAGGUAAUGACUACUUUCAUGAACUACUAUCAAGGUCAUUCUUUCAGAGAUUAAGUGACAGUCCUUCCUAUUUUGUAAUGCAUGACCUACUCAAUGAUUUAGCUCAAGAUAUAUCUGGGAAGUUCUCUGUUAGGUUGGAUGAUGACAAACCACUUCAUAAUAUAUGUGAAAAAGUUCGCCAUUUCUCAUAUCUUCGGUGCGAAUAUGAUGCAUUUGAGAAAUUCAAGGUUAUUAAUGAGGUUAAGUGUUUACGGAGUUUCAUAUCAUUUCGAAGUGAAGGAUGGUCUUUUUUCUUGGGCAGUAAGGUCCUACAUGAUAUGUUACCAACUUUGAGAUACUUAAGGGUGUUAUCUUUGUCAAGAUAUGAGAUUCAUGAACUGCCUCAACCGAUUGAAAAUUUGAUACAUUUACGCUAUUUGGAUCUCUCUCGGACUCGACUCAAACGAUUACCUAAUACAGUAACAACGUUGUGCAACUUACAGACAUUAGAUUUGUCAUUUUGUGAGGAUCUUAUUGAGUUGCCUGUCAACAUGGGAAAACUAGUAAAGUUGCGCUAUCUUGAUAUCCGAAAAACUAGAUUUGCUGAGAUGCCAAUGCAAAUGAGCAAACUGAAAGAUCUCCAACGUCUAACAGAUUUUGUAGUUGGCAAGGAUGGUGGGUCAAGAAUUAGUGGGUUGAAGGAACUCAGUCAACUUCGGGGGCAACUCUGCAUUUCAGAGCUUCAAAAUGUAACCAGUGGUCCGGAGGCGUCAGAGGCUAAUCUGAAAGGAAAGGAGCAUCUUGAAGGGUUGGAGCUGAAAUGGGGCAGCGAUACCGACAAUUUACAAAAUGAAAGAGUUGUACUUGACAACCUACAUCCUCAUGCGGGAGUGAAGCAUCUCCGUAUCAUUAACUAUGGGGGCACAAGAUUUUCGAAUUGGUUAGAGAAAGGUGAUUUGUUACGUGACAUGGUGUCCUUGGAUCUUAUAGGCUGUAAAAAUUGCUCUUCUUUGCCGUCAAUUGGGCAGUUACCCUCUCUAAAAUAUUUAACAAUUGAAAACAUGAAUGCAAUAAGGAAGGUCGGUGGGGAGCUGUAUGGGAAUGCUUCUUCUUCAAUCAAACCGUUUAAAUCUUUGGAGACACUAAGGUUUCAUAAAAUGGCAGAGUGGGAGGAAUGGGAUGCAUCAGGGAUUGAAGAGUUCUCUAGGCUUAUAGAGUUUUCUAUAGACAAUUGUCCUAAGUUGACCAGUGAAUUAUCUAUCCGCACCCCAAUCCUAACAAAGCUUAACAUUUCCGGAUCCAAUCAAGUUAGGCUGUUACUGCAAGGACUUCCUUGCAUUCAGGAGUUGAAGAUUCCAAAUAUUCCAAAUUUGACGGAAUUGCCGCAGCAAAUGCAACACCUGUCUUCUCUACAGAAAUUGGAGAUUUCAAGGAUGUCAAACUUGAAGGAAUUGCCACAUGAGUUGUGCCGAUUAGUAAAUCUUGAAAGGUUGAAGAUAAAAGAAUGCCCGAGGCUUGUGUCAUUUCCAGACAUGGGGCUGCCGCCGAAGCUUAAGACGCUGAAGAUCAGCAAAUGUGAAGGUCUACAGUCCCUAGCAUCAGAGGAAAUCAUCAACAAUUGUCUUGAAGAGUUGCGUAUCUCUGAUUGUUUAUCUCUUCGUCAGGUGUCUUUUCCUAUCGCUACAUUGAAAAAACUUGGCAUCAAACGUUGUGAAGCUCUACAGUCCCUAGCAGCAGCAACAGUACCAUCAGAGGAAAUCAAUAAUAUUCGUCUUGAAGAGUUGCACAUCUUUAAUUGUUCAUCUCUUGUUAAGGUGUCUUUGCCCAUCGCUACAUUGAAAACACUUAACAUCUCCUCCUGUAGGAGAUUAGAGUUUCCCCUGUCCGAGGAGAUGAAGGAGUAUAAUUACUCCACAUCCAUUGAAGUUUUGAGUAUUAAUGAAAGCUGUGAUCUUCUCAAGUCGCUGUGGUUAGGCUUCUUUCCAAAGCUUCGUGAUCUCUACAUCAACUCGUGUAUGGAUUUAGAGACGCUCUUGAUCCCAACCAUGCUUCAACAUCUGAUAACGCUUAGAAUAGUGAAUUGCCCUAAAAUGGUAUCCUUUCCCCAUGGUGGUGGAGAUGGAGGAGUAUUAUUGGCCAUUCCCAAUCUCAUGUAUUUGACAAUCUGUGGUUGCAAGAAUCUGAAGCGGCUACCGCAUCAAAUGCACACCCUCCAAUCUCUUAAUACUUUUCAGAUAAAAGAAUGUCCGGAAGUUGAAUCAUUUCCAGACGAAGGUUUGCCAUCCAACUUAAGGAGACUUGAUAUCAUUAAUUGCAAUAAACUGAUGAAGGGCCGGAUGAGGUGGGAUUUGCAGCAAAAACUCCCAUCUCUUGAAGUAUUCUCGAUCAAAAGUGAAAAUGAAGAAGAAGAGUUGGAGUCAUUUCCGGAGGAGUGCCUGUUGCCCACCACUCUUACUAGACUUUACAUCUGGAACUUUUCAAAUCUGAAAGCACUGAACCACAAGGGCCUUCAACACCUCACCUCUCUUACAGACCUAACCAUCUGGAAUUGCCCUAAGCUCCGGUCCUUGCCAGAAGAGGGGCUGCCCAACUCCCUCUCUUUCCUGGGAAUACUAGGAUGUCCAUUGCUGGAACCACGUUGCCAAAGGGAGAAAGGGGAAGAUUGGUCCAAGAUUUCCCGAAUCCGCCGCAUACAGCUCGAUUUUGGAGAAGACAUAAUAAACUUAGAGUGAAAAUGAUUGAGUGGUUUGUAAUCGUCCAAAAAAACCGAAUCAGACGGCAGUGGUGGUGUGACAUUAUGCUAGUACGUGGUGGAAGUGCUAUUAUGUUACGGGUACAGGAAUAAGUUGUUGUAGGCAGCUUUGUGACUAUACAAGGCCACCAAAUCACGGAUCCUCUCAAUGUUCUCUAUUCCUUGUUAAUUGCUUUCUAUCCAAAGUUGUUUUCUUAUAAUUUUUUAUUGAAAUCCUUUUCUCUUUUUCCUUCAUUUUUUAUUUUCUAAGACAUAUAACACUUUUUCCUGCGUAAGAAAUGGUGACGGUUAUGUUUGAUUAGAAUUCUGUUUCUACCAUGAAAUUUCAGGUAGUUCUAAAUCUAAUACAACUUUCAAGCCAAUGUUCUUCAUUUGUUACACAGUACAGUCUUCAAAUUCCUACUCGUACACAUUAUGUCUACAGGAGGACUUAAAAAAUAAGUUCUACUUAAAAUAAGUUCUAUUUAAAAGGAGGACUUAAAAAAUAAGUUCACUUAUUACUAAUCGUUGGACACUUAGAAUAAAAAAAAAUAUAAAAAAAUCCUCAAUCUACAAUUACUGCUCAAAACUUCAACAUUUAAAAUUCAAUUCUUAAAAUUUACUGUACUUAAAAUUCAGUUGUUUAAAACUGAAGAACUAAAUGUCCAAAAAUGCUGGGAAUCUCAUUAUUGUAUGUUGAAUUUCUUUCAUCAACUAAUCUGUGUUCUUUUUAUUUUUUUUUUUUUUUUUU